AUGUCGGUCGUGGCGCACCAGGGGCCCGUGCACCGCCCCCCCCCCCCUUUUCCCGUCACCUUACGUGGCGACCCGGGGGGGGGGGGGGCGCGACCUUGGGGGGCGCGCGUCGCCCCUUCUUCCGCCUGCUCUGGUUCCCUGGGAGGCCGCGCGUCGACCCCCGUACUCCCCCCCACCUCAGCAGUGGGGGGGAGGGGAUUUGCCAUCCCCCUGCUGCGGUUGCGGCAGUUGGGGGAGGGGACCUGCAGCACCAGCCCCCCCCCCCUCCUCUCCGCCCUUUUCUCCUCUCCCUCCCCCUGCUGCGGGUGCAGCAGUGGGGGGGAGGGGAUCUGCCAUCCCCCUGGUGCGGAUGCGGCAGUGGGGGGAGGGGACCUGCAGCACCUGCCUGCCCCCCCCGCCCCCCCCCCAUCUCUCUGCUGCGGGUGCAGCAGUGGGGGAGGGUAUGGGGGUGGCGGGUGUGGCCAACCCGCCAGCCCUGCUGCGCCCCGCGCGCCCUGCUGCCCUGUGCGCCCCGUGCGCCCUGCUGCCCUGCUGCCCUGUGCAGCAGUGGGGGAGGAGUAG